AUGAACCUCGAAGAGAAAGUCACCAUGGACUUGGUUCAACCAUCUGAGCAUCUUUGCUACGUUCGGUGCAACUUCUGCAACACCGUUCUUGCGGUUGGGCUUCCAUGCAAGCGGAUGAUGGACACAGUGACAGUGAAAUGUGGUCAUUGCAGUAACCUCUCCUUUCUCACCACCAGACCUAAUAAUCCAAUCCAGCUCCAGCCUACAACUCAUCAAUGCCAGAUCAAUGAUUACCCUACCACCUUGACUCUUCAUCAGAGCUUUUCUACUGAUUCAAGAAGGGGUCAGUCAUCCUCAUCAUCGUCACCCACAUCUCUGGAGAGUCCAUCAUCCCCCAAAGCACCCUUUGUUUGUAAGCCACCUGAGAAGAAACACAGGCUUCCAUCUGCUUACAACCGCUUCAUGAAGGAGGAGAUCCAACGUAUCAAAGCAGCGAACCCUGAAAUUCCACACCGUGAAGCUUUCAGUGCUGCUGCCAAAAAUUGGGCAAGGUACCCUAGUCCUUCAACAGCUGCUGCUGCAUCAGGUUCUGGCAGCAGUAACAAACGUAAAGUAAGAAAUUUACACUAG